CCGAUCGGGAGCACCCUUUCCAGCGUGAAGUUCGAGUCCCCUCCCGAAGGGCGUCUGGAAGAGUCGAGGUUGUCGGUGCUAUCAAGACUCUGAUUGCCUCGUCUGGCCGCCGUCUGGGAUUGUGGGCAAACGGUGCCAUUUUGGCGGCUGGAGGCAGCCAAAGACGCGCCACUUACCGAGCCCUCGUGUCGGCGGUCGAGCGGGUUCGGGUAGAACCGGGCCAUCGUCCUCGUCGCGCCCGGCCCUCCGUCGACCAGCGUGUCCCGGCCCGACGGUGUCGAGGCCGGAUGGGCGGAAAAGUCGCUCCGGAGGCCGUGGGCCGACACGAAAGCCGGCCUCACGUGCUCGUCGGCCCAGGCCCGAGUCCCGCCGAUGGAGUCGCCGGCGGCACCGGUGCUCGCCUCCGCCUCGGCCUCGGCCUCGGUCUCGGUCUCGACGGCUCGUCGCCCGGAGAGACUGGAGGCGCUCGAGCUGAGUGCGCGCAGACGCAGCAACGAGUGGCCGGUCAACGAGGAGCUGCGCGACAGGCCGGAUCCGGUUCCCGUCGAGCCGAGGGUGCGUCCGCUGCUGCCGGCCACGCCGCCUCGUCGACGCAUCAGACUCGAGAGACGGUUGCGUCGCUGGCCAAAGUCGGCCUCGGUCCAACCGGCCUUGAGGGGAAGGGAGGAGGCAAAUGGCAGCGAGUUGGAUACAGACACAGACUCGGGACAACAGGUUGGCACACAAUCACGGUGAAAAGGUGCUGA